GUUAAGUAUUUGAAAUUUGAAAUCAAAAAUUGUUGAAUCACAAACAUAAUUAUAAAUUUGGAAACGACUACUUUGAUCAAACCAUAAGUUUGAGGUACUGAUUGCCAUAAAAGAAAAAUGGACACCAAAACAGUGUAUGAAGCAGCUUAUAAAGGUGAUUUUGAAUUUGUAAAAGCUAAACUUGAAGAAAACAACAGUUUGUUGACACAAGCAGAUUCCGUAAGUAUGAAUAUCUAUAGGGAGUAUCAGUACUUUUAGCACAGUUUUUCACUCAUACUGCAACAAAAAUAUACCCAUAUAAAAAUUUUGUUCCGCCACUGGUUUUGAGAGUUAUCGGAACAUCACAUAUCGAGUUGUUAUUCUGCAUUGUUCUGUGCUCUUUGCUUUGUUUUGAAAACUUUUGUGUCCCGUGUAUAUAGGUUAAGUAUUUGAAAUUUGAAAUCAAAAAUUGUUGAAUCACAAACAUAAUUAUAAAUUUGGAAACGACUACUUUGAUAAAGCCAUAAGUUUGAGGUACUGAUUGCCAUUAAAGAAAAAUGGACACCAAAACAGUGUAUGAAGCAGCUUAUAAAGGUGAUUUUGAAUUUGUAAAAGCUAAACUUGAAGAAAACAACAGUUUGCUGACACAAGCAGAUUCUAACCAAAGGCUGCUCUUUCACUGGGCUGUUCUCAGUGGAAAUGUAAAGCUAGUCACUUAUUUAAUUGACCUAGGGAUCCCUAUCAACCCUGUAGAUGAUACUGAUACCACACCCCUGAUUUUAGCAAGUUCUGCUGGCCGUACCGAAAUUGUAAAAAUGAUUCUUGAUAGGUGUGAUGAUGUAAAUCACAAAACUAGCCAGGGACAUUCAGCUCUGCAGUAUGCUGCAUCAAAAGGUUGGACAGAGAUUUGCAAAUACCUGCUGGACAAAGGAGCUAACAUCAACAUCACUGACAUGAGAGGCAGUACUCCUCUACAUAGAGCAGCAUCUAAAGGGAAUAUUCAAGUACUGAACUUAUUCCUAUCUGACUAUGCAGAUGAUCUUAAUAUAAAUGUCAAAGAUAUCUAUGGGAAUACCCCGUUGCAUUUAGCCUGUGAAGAAGACAGACAAGAAGAAGCUACACUUUUGGUAGAACAUGGAGCAGAUAUUGAAAUUAAAAACAGAGAUCAACAGACUCCGUUAGAUUUGUGUACACCCAAGUUAGCUAGGUUGUUGAAAAGCAAGGCUAAGAGUGCGUGAAAUAACGUUUUAUUUGAUUAUUUAUAGUGUUUGUAUUUGAUAAAUAAAAUACAUUGAAAAAGUUUUUACAAACGUUUAUUAAAAC